UAAGUAAAGGAGGGUGUUAAGGAAAUGCAGAACGCAGCAAGAACCAAGCAAUAAGAAACAAAACAUGAGAAGGAGAUCUAUGGCAGUCUGUGGGUAGGGGAGAUAAGAGAAAGGGAAGAAAAACCCGCCGAAUUUCUUGUUCCAUUGUUCUUCGUUGAGGGUUCCCCGGUAAAUGGCGUGUUGCGGGUUUUGAUGGGCUUGAUUGACGCCCGCAGACUCCCCACACCUUAUGGUCAAGAAACGCUUCUGCAAGUUUUCUUCCUCGCGAGUCUUUGCAUAGGGAAGCUUGUCAAUUCUCAUGUCCUUGGCGUAUAUCUCAACCCUGGGAUUAUCAACCUUGGGAUUUUCGGUCGUAUGUCCGACAAACUUUUUAGCGUCUUGGAAAAGGCUAUACCAGGUGCCCUCUAGCCCCCACAUCUCUUCUAUUAUACGUCUUCCUUCAACGAAGCUAUCUGUUCCAAUUUCAGCCAACACGAGAGGCUUGGUUUUUAUCUUGGAAUCGCGCUCGUUGCGCAGAUAUUGAGCCAAUCGAAAGCAAAUGUGUGCGAAGAAAUGGAUGUUGAUGUCCUUCCAAACCUCUUUCCAGCCCCAUCCCACAUCAGACGCUAAAUUGAGGUCAUCUGGGUUGUCGUACUUUUUCUGAACCUCUUGGAGACCCUUCUUGAUAACUUCGAUGUUAAGAUCUUCAUCCACAUGUGGUAAUGUGUACUCUACCAAUUCGAGGAGAACCGCUACCAUCGCCUUGC